AUGUAUUGUUUAUUAGUGGGCUUGCAAACCUCCUCGCGGGCACGCGCCGUCGCGACGCCCGACGUGCCGCGCGCGCUGGCUCGGACGUCAACACAGGCACGCCGGCGCGGCGGCGGCGGCGAUGGCGGCGGUGCGGGCGGCGCCCUCAGUCGCGGGACAGGCGCCGCGGAGGGAGCUGGACGCACCGUUGGGCCGCCGCCACGCGUCGACGCGGGAUUCGGAAUACACGCCCCGCGGGCUGGCCAUGCGCCGCGCGCCCGGAACCGAACCCCAGGGCAUCUGGCGCUGACGGUGGUUGUCUGCGGUGGUUGUGGCGUGGGAGGUGACGGUGGUUGUGUGAUACGAGUGUGUACACGUGUGUGCGAACUUCCUCGUCCGGGACGUGUUGCAACACGGACCUUCUUGUCACGCGUCGGGUGGAAUCCACCAGCCAUCCGGGGCUUCUUCGCUCCUCCACCAACGCACCCCGCGCUCGCGCGCGCAUCCAUUCGGUGUCUCGGUUUGACCGACACUCGAAAUGACGGAGAGAAAAAAAUCAUCAAUCUGCUUUUCUAA